GUCCGGCUCACUUAACACUGCUCUGUAAAACCACAGCCAUGCCCGUCUCUCCUCUUUGCGCCAAGCCCUUUGUUUAGAGAGAGACACUGUCACAGUUUCUCGCUUACGUAACCUCCCCACUGCUAGAUUCGAUUUACAUUCCAUUUGAGUGUAAUUUCACGUAAAUUUAAUUUUCUCGGAAAAUCUCAAGAGGGCUAGGUGGCGUCGAAUCUUUACGUUUCUCACCUGUGUUACAUACCGCCAUAUACAUACAUAGAUACAUGAGACUCCCAUUGUCAUAUGUUACAGUUUGUCUAACAAUGGUUUCUAACUGAUUCUUUGUUUUCUAGGGUUUAGUUUUAUUUUUCUUUUUGUGUUUAUUUUGGCACGCACAGAUAUUGGUGAAUUUGUGGUAGAUUCUUUGAUAGGGUUGAGGUUAGAUAGAGAUUUUUUUUUAUUUUAGAGUGAAUGGAUAAGAAGAGGGUGGCGGUUCCGCUAGUAUGCCACGGUCAUUCGAGGCCGGUUGUGGAUUUGUGCUACAGUCCAGUUACUCCAGAUGGGUUCUUCCUCAUCAGUGCCAGCAAGGAUUCCAGCCCCAUGCUUAGAAAUGGAGAGACUGGAGAUUGGGUUGGCACUUUUGAAGGUCACAAAGGUGCAGUCUGGAGUUGCUGCUUGGAUACAAAUGCUUUACGUGCUGCAUCUGGUUCAGCAGACUUCACUGCUAAAAUAUGGGAUGCAAUAACAGGGGAAGAGCUACACUCAUUUGAGCACAGACACAUUGUUCGAGCCUGUGCCUUUUCAGAGGAUACACACUUUCUACUGACUGGUGGAGUUGAAAAAGUUCUUCGAAUUUAUGAUCUGAAUCGCCCUGAUGCAUCUCCUAGAGAAGUGGAUAAGACUCCGGGCUCAGUGCGAACUGUUGCAUGGCUCCACAGUGACCAGACAAUAUUAAGUUCUUGUACUGAUAUGGGAGGUGUCAGAUUAUGGGAUGUAAGAACUGGUGAUGUUGUACGUUCUCUUGAAACCAAAUCACCUGUGACUAGUGCUGAAGUGAGUCAAGAUGGCCGUUACAUCACUACUGCUGAUGGGUUUACAGUCAAGUUUUGGGAUGCAAAUCACUUCGGAUUGGUGAAAAGCUACAACAUGCCAUGCACUGUAGAAUCUGCUUCUCUAGAACCAAAAUUUGGGUUCAAGUUUAUUGCUGGUGGAGAAGAUAUGUGGAUACGUGUUUUUGAUUUCCAUACUGGUGAAGAGAUUGCAUGCAACAAGGGUCACCACGGUCCAGUCCACUGUGUUCGCUUCUCACCUGGAGGGGAAUCAUAUGCAUCAGGAUCUGAGGACGGAACCAUUAGAAUAUGGCAGACAGGGCAACAAACCCUAGAUGAUGUUGAGACUGUUUCGGCAAAUGGGUUGACCGGAAAGGUCAAUGUCACUGCAGAUGAUGUUUCGCGCAAGAUUGAGGGGUUCCACAUUGCUGAUGAGGGAAGGACUGGGCAGAAAGAAGAGGUGGCAAAUGCAUGAGAUGGCUUAAAAUUUUAUUCGAUCUUUUCGCUUGCCAUAUUUCCCGGCUUUUUUUGUUUUUCAAUUUGUCGAGCCUUAUUGUAUGCCCUCUUUAUGUACAAGUUCUUUAUUCCCCUUGCUAUGGACUGGUGCAACCUUAUUUUGUUUUUUUCCUUCUUUGGGGUUACGACUUAUUAACUUCCGAGACUGGUGCACUAUUCUAUAGCUUUUAUGUAAUCUCCAGUUUAGGGUUGAGUAUAAUUUCCUUUUUAAGGACA